AUGAAGUGUUUUCGCGUGCGAAGAGAAGUUCCAAUGCCUAUGGACCGGUGGGUGUGCAUUUCUCUGUCCAAAAAAGACUGCAGCCAGACUAUACGCGCGAUCUCUGCGCGCUUCCAGAACAAGCCAGGCUUUGUAAAAAGAAUAAAGCCAAGCGCGGAGAGUCUGUCCGUUCUUCUAUGCAAGGAGUCGGAUUUCUCUUCCGGGGAGCUUGCAGAGCAUGUUUCUUCUCUGGGCCUAGACUCUGCAGAAACAUUUGUAGCGGAUGUGCCAGCAGCAGAGCCUAAAACAGAGGCGGAGGUAAAGACGGCACAGAGCGUGUGGCCGUGCGCUGUAAAAUGCACAGAGGUCCCUCCGGAAGUGCCUGACUUUGUAAGGGCAGCCGUGCCCGAAAUAUCCAAAAAGAGGGAAAAGUGUGCAGUCUCGUGCACUAUACUUGAAAGCGAGUCUGAAGGGACAUACACAGUGUUCUCUGGCACCAAAGAAAGCGAAAACAUUUUUGAGCAUUCAAUUAUCCGGAUGGUUCGCACAGUGUCAAAAAGCACAAACGGAUAUUUAUGCACCGGAAAAACAGUUGUGCUGUCUGGCGAGCCCUGCUUGGUCUGCGGCAUGGCGCUGGUGCAUGGAAGAGUGAAGAAAGUGUACAUAGCAGGAAUGGAGUCCAGCGACGGCCCGUAUAGCAGGCACAGCAUACACGAAAACAAGUCGCUGAACCACAGAAUAGAGGUGUAUAAGCUGGCAGAAAGGUGA